AAAGCCUCAAUCUCCAGUUCUGGUUCCCAUCAUUUCUGGGAAGAAGAAAACAAAAGGAUGACGGGAUUAGAGAGCGUGGGCGGGCUGGCGGUUCACAUCAUUCUGACCAAACUCGGACCGGAGAACGUCGCCGCCACGGCCUGCAUCAGCCGGAGAUUUAGGGACUGGGUCUCCGGCGAUGACAUCGUCUGGUCUAAAUUCUGCAUUGAUGAACUCGGACUAUCUUCUCCUCAGGACCCACUGGGCAACCCCACCUCUUCUUUCAGAGUCUCUUAUCAAACAUGGAGAGAAGCUUUCAAUAUGUACCCAUGGUCUUUGGUUAUAAGAACCAAAAGAUGUUGGAGCAGAAUAAGAGCCUGGAUGGAAAUUAAUUUCCCUGAGGUUUUACCUACGUUACGUAAAGGUGCAUCUGAGGAUAAAAUAAAGCACUUGGAGGAGUGUUUAAAAGUCAAAUUACCUCUUCCCACAAGGGCUCUAUACCGUUUUUGUGAUGGCCAAGAAUCAAGUAAAGACGUCACUAGAAGCACACCAGUAAACUUGUUGGGCUUGAUUGGAGGGUACACCUUCUACGACCAUAUAGUGAAUGUUUCUUUGUUUCCUUUAAGUCAAGUCAUAAUUGAAACGAAGCAUGCUAGGUGCCAUUUGGGAAAUGACAAUGGCUCCAAGUUUGCUGUUGUAGCAGCUUCUACUACAGGUUAUGAAAAGGUUUUUUACUUGAACUGUUCAACUGGCCAACUCCACGUGGGCGGCUGGAAUAUGUCUAGUGACUGCGAAAUGCUUCCUUGUGUACCACACUCUUUGUUGUGUUCUAUAAACCUCACAGAUUGCAGCCAACAGCAAGAUGGCAUGUUAUUGUGGCUAGAAGAACAUGGCCGGCAUUUAGAAAAUGGGAUUGUGAAGGUUCGAACAGAAAGGAGCAUUGGAAGCAUCAGUCUUUAUCCAGAACAACCUCCACUUUGUUCCACUGCUGUGACAAAUGGUGUGAAGGUACGUGCAUCUGCUGUGUUUGUUCCGGAGUGCUGCAACCUUCGACCAGAUUCUCUGGAAUAUAUCUUCGCUUAUUCUAUCCGCAUGUCUCUUUCACCUAAAGGAUGUAUCAUAAACGGAAUGAAGUUUAGUUCUUGCCAAUUGUAUAGGAGACAUUGGAUCAUUCGUGUGAAUGAUUCUAUUGUAGAUGAUGUUAGUGGAGAAGGAGUAAUUGGAAAGUUCCCAAUUCUACUACCUGGUGAAGAAGAAUUUGUAUAUGAGAGUUGCACACAGCUAUCAUCUCCGUCAGGCUCAAUAGAAGGUCUCUUCACUUUUGUUCCUGGAUGCUUAGCAGACCCAAAAGGCAGUCCAUUUGAAGUCAAAGUGGCAAGAUUUCCUCUUCAACUGCCAGACUACAUAUUCUGAGAGUUAGAGGGGGCAUGGGGCUGUUUUCGGAAACAGCUUUUGAGAUUUCGCUUCGCCAAAAUACAAUUCUAAAUGUAUUUUGGGCUCGGGGGGUGCUUUCCAAAGUGACGCUAGGACAAGUGUUCUCGCCUUGUGGUUUCUACUUCUCCAAGAAUUCACUGCCCCCAAAACACACUUAGAGCUUGUUCUCUUCACGUGAUCUGAUUGGUUCUCAUCUGAUUAGAAUAAGUUCUGAUUUGGUCUGAUUCAAUCUGUUUGUAGAUUCGUAGUUAUAAUUAAAACUGUUUUUGAUCCGAUAUAAUUUGAUUCCAAUAAGAAUAUAUAAGUAAUAAGUAAUAAAAUAAGUUGAAGAGAACCCGCUCUUACUCCUAUGCUAAAACUGCCUUUUAAGGUUAGUGUGUAAAAAAACAUCUCCCGUCCUGUGUGGCUGCGUUAUUUAUUUUACUCUUCUGAAGAGUUUACGCCGUCUAAAAACAUGAUAUGGUCUGUAUUAU